AGUUUGGAGGGAAGCGAAAAGCGAUUACCCAAAUCACGAUCGAAGAUCGGAGACAGAGAUGAAGGGGUUUAUAAUGGAAUUCAAGUCGCCCUGUUCUUGUUCUUGGGCACAGAAUUUGGAAUUUCAUUUCCCUCCACCAUUUCGUUUCUGCCAUUGAUGAGAGAGAGAGGAGAGGGAGAGGAUUAGUAGAAGAAGAAGAAGACGAAGAAGAAGAUAGAGACUCGCAAACUCGCCCGUUCAACACCAUUUCGCCGUUCUUUCUGGAGUUUUGUCCUUGCCUCCUGAAGCUAUGGAGUUCACUGACUCUUAUAAGCAGACUGGACCCUGCUGUUUCUCUCCCAACUCCCGUUUCAUCGCUGUGGCCGUCGAUUAUCGUCUCGUUGUUCGCGAUACUCUCUCCUUCAAGGUUGUGCACUUGUUUUCGUGUCUGGACAAGAUAAGCUACAUCGAAUGGGCCCUCGAUUCUGAAUACAUUCUUUGUGGUCUAUAUAAAAGACCAAUGAUACAGGCAUGGUCAUUGACACAACCGGAAUGGACGUGCAAGAUAGAUGAUGGUCCAGCGGGCAUUGCAUAUGCCAGGUGGAGCCCAGACAGUCGUCACAUAUUGACCACAUCAGAUUUUCAACUACGGUUGACAGUCUGGUCCUUGGUAAAUACAGCAUGUGUACAUGUGCAGUGGCCAAAGCAUACUUCCAAGGGAGUUUCAUUUACCCAAGAUGGAAAAUUUGCAGCAGUUUGCACCCGAAAAGAUUGCAAGGAUUACGUCAAUCUCAUUUCUUGUCAUACAUGGGAGAUAAUGGGCGUUUUUGCUGUUGAUACUCUGGAUCUGGCAGAUAUUGAAUGGUCGCCAGAUGAUAGUUCUAUUGUGGUCUGGGAUUCGCCUCUUGAGUAUAAGGUUCUCAUUUACUCUCCGGAUGGAAGGUGCCUAUUUAAGUAUCAAGCAUAUGAAAGUGGACUUGGCGUAAAAAGUGUUUCAUGGUCACCUUGUGGCCAGUUUUUAGCUGUUGGUAGUUAUGAUCAGAUGUUGAGAGUUUUAAAUCGUCUGACAUGGAAGACUUUUGCUGAGUUCAUUCAUGUAUCUACUGUUCGUGGUCCUACUUGCACUGCUAUUUUUAAGGAAGUGGAUGAACCGUUGCAGCUUAAUAUGUCAGAAUUAUGUCUCAGUGAUGAAUUUAUCCAAGGGAAUUCUGAAGAUUCUACCGAAGGACACUUCAGGGUGAGAUAUGAAGUUACAGAAAUGCCCGUUACUUUGCCAUUCCAGAAACCCCUUGUAGACAAACCAAACCCCAAGCAAGGCAUUGGUCUCAUGCUAUGGAGCAAGGAUAGCCAAUACAUCUGUACACGCAAUGAUAGCAUGCCAACUGCACUUUGGAUUUGGGACAUUCACCAUCUAGAACUGGCAGCCAUCUUGGUGCAGAAAGAUCCAAUCCGAGCAGCAGCUUGGGACCCAACAUGCACACGUCUUACUCUCUGUACCGGUAGCCCACAUCUGUACAUGUGGACUCCCGCAGGCGCUUACUGUGUCAAUAUCCCUCUAUCGGAGUUCGCCAUAACCGACCUGAAAUGGAAUUCGGAUGGUAGCUGUCUUCUUCUGAAGGACAAAGAGUCGUUCUGUUGUGCUGCUGUGCCUGUUCUACCAGAAUCCAGUGAUUAUAGUUCAGAUGAGUAACGGUGUUUCCUUCUGAAAUGGUACCUAUAUCAGAAUUUGGAAGGUGUAAUUAGUAUGAAGAUGAACCUCUCAUUUGUUGUAACUGAGACACCAUUUUAGCUUAGGCUUUGUAGUAUUAAGAGAAGAUCAGGUGGGGUAUCAAAAGCAAUGUUGUAUUUGUAGA